GCGGGCGCCGAGCUUUAAAUGAACAUUACUAUCGCUCGGGGUGGGCAGCGCCGGUGGCUCGGGCCGAUUGGCGGCGUUAGCGGCGGCGGCAGCAGCAGUUCACUCUCAUCUUCUUCCUCCGCCUCCGCGGCAGAGCGCCCCGGAGCUGCCCCCUGCCCGCCGCCCAGGGCUGACACGCGGCCGGGCCACGGCGAGCCGCAAAGCUGCUGUCCACGUGGACCGGAGCUGAAAUCCCUCGUCCGGCGGCCACCAGAGCCUCCCCCGCCAAGCCCCGAGACAUGGCAACCAACGGAACAAAAGUGGCCGACGGACAGAUUUCCACGGAAGUUGACGCUUCAAUCACCAAUGACAAGCCUAAAACUUUGGUAGUAAAAGUGCAGAAGAAGAAGACGGAUCUUCCGGACCGAGAUACCUGGAAAGGAAAAUUUGACUUUCUUAUGUCCUGUGUAGGUUAUGCCAUUGGUUUAGGGAAUGUGUGGCGAUUUCCAUACCUUUGUGGCAAGAAUGGUGGAGGCGCAUUCCUGAUUCCCUAUUUCCUAACUCUAAUUUUUGCUGGAGUGCCACUAUUUCUGUUGGAGUGUUCCCUUGGUCAGUACACAUCUAUAGGAGGCCUUGGAGUGUGGAAGCUUGCUCCAAUGUUCAAAGGUGUGGGACUAGCUGCUGCAGUCCUUUCCUUUUGGCUAAAUAUUUACUACAUUGUGAUUAUUUCAUGGGCCAUUUAUUACCUGUAUAAUUCCUUUACAACUACUCUUCCUUGGAAGCACUGUGAGAACCCAUGGAACACUGACCGCUGCUUCUCCAAUUAUACCUUAGCAAACACCACCAACAUGACAAGCGCUGUGGUUGAAUUCUGGGAACGCAACAUGCACCAGAUGACUGAUGGAUUGGAAAAACCAGGGCAAAUCAGAUGGCCACUAGCGAUCACUCUGGCAAUUGCCUGGAUUCUGGUUUAUUUUUGUAUCUGGAAGGGGGUGGGCUGGACUGGAAAGGUGGUGUAUUUCUCUGCUACAUAUCCCUAUGUUAUGCUGCUUAUCUUGUUCUUCCGUGGUGUAACACUGCCUGGAGCAAAGGAAGGCAUUUUAUUCUAUAUAACUCCCAACUUCAGUAAGCUUUCAGACUCUGAGGUUUGGCUGGAUGCUGCCACACAGAUUUUCUUCUCCUAUGGUUUGGGUCUUGGUUCGCUGAUUGCCCUUGGAAGUUACAACCCGUUCCACAAUAAUGUUUACAGGGACUCCAUCAUAGUGUGCUGCAUAAACUCAUGCACAAGCAUGUUUGCAGGCUUUGUCAUCUUCUCCAUUGUUGGAUUCAUGGCUAAUGUCACAAAGAGGCCCAUUGCAGAUGUUGCAGCAUCAGGUCCUGGACUGGCAUUUCUAGCUUAUCCAGAAGCAGUGACACAGUUACCAAUUUCUCCUUUGUGGGCAAUACUCUUCUUCUCCAUGUUGCUUAUGCUCGGAAUUGACAGUCAGUUCUGCACUGUCGAAGGAUUCAUAACCGCUUUGGUGGAUGAAUUUCCAAAGUUAUUGCGCAAUCGACGAGAAAUCUUCAUUGCUGUUGUGUGUAUUGUUUCCUAUCUGAUAGGGCUGUCCAACAUUACUCAGGGUGGAAUCUAUGUGUUUAAGCUUUUUGACUACUACUCUGCCAGCGGGAUGAGUCUCUUGUUCCUUGUAUUCUUUGAGUGCAUCUCCAUAUCUUGGUGCUAUGGUGUUAAUAGAUUUUAUGACAACAUCCAAGAGAUGGUGGGAUACAGACCCUGCAUCUGGUGGAAACUCUGCUGGUCAUUUUUUACUCCAAUCAUUGUGGCAGGAGUAUUUAUCUUCAGUGCUGUCCAAAUGACUCCUCUCACAAUGGGAAGUUAUGUUUUCCCAAAAUGGGGCCAAGGGGUUGGCUGGUUCAUGGCUUUGUCUUCUAUGGUGCUGAUACCAGGCUAUAUGGCAUAUAUGUUUCUUACCCUGAAAGGCUCCUUGAAACAGCGCAUCCAAGUAAUGAUUCAGCCAAGUGAAGACAUCAGUCAUCCUGAAAAUGGGCCAGAUCAGGCACAACAGAGCAACUCUGCAAACAAAGAAGCCUACAUCUAAACUUCUGUAUUACAAAAGUACAAAUACUACUCCAGAAAAACAAAAAAUAUGGUUGAACAUGACCACAAAUUUAAGUCUGAGAAUAUAAUUACCUACCUCUAGUGGCAAAAAAAAAAAAAGAAAAAAGAAAAAAAAAGAAAAAAAGAUAAAAGGUCACCUCCAUUAUAAGGGAAUCGCCAUAGGUAUGAUCCAAGCAUUGUGCGAGCUCAGAUGUUGACAGUAUUUUGUGUUCUCUGGCAAUCCACAGACUGUUAAUGUUUUUAUCCUUUCGGAACAAUAGUUGCAUAUCUUGGAAUUUGUAAAUUGAUGUGCAAGACCUUUUUAAUCUACCUUUUAGCACAACUAUUUGAAGUUUUGUGCUACUGAUUUUUAGUAGUUUAUCAAUACUUCUUACCACUGAAUCCCAAGACUGUUAUUUCUGACUUUGCAGGAGUAAAAUUAAGUUUGGAAUUGUUUUGUACAAAAGAAUGAAGUAUUUUGUAACCAAGUGAUUUCCAGUGAAAAAGCCUGCCCUUAAAAUUUGUUCUUGUCAAGGCUGUUUGAGCGGGGAGAGACUUCUUUGAAUUAACUGAGAGUCACAGUAGGCAUAGCCUUUAUAAACAUUCCUACUACAAAUGAAGUUAUUAUAUGGCUGUUUGUAGUAACACAGCAUAGCAUGGCUAUAAACACUACCUGUACUUAACCUUUCAGGAUAAUUUUCACAUAAGAUUGCAAAUUUCUUUUAAAAGCAUAUACUAUAUCUUAUAAAAAGAACUCAUCUCUGUGAAUCAACACUACAUGAAUCACAGAUGUAGAGGCAAAAAUGUGAUUUCUAACUUUUUUUCUAGGAAAAUGAGAAGUAAUAUCCAAUUCUUAAGAGCUCUUAAAUAUUCCCAGAAAAGAAAAAAAAAGCAAUACAGGGUAUUUGCAAUUCAAGCUCAGAGUACUUGAGCUUUUGUUAUGCUGUUAUUAUUAAGCUAUUAUUGCAUUGCCACCAAAAUAGAAACCAAAACAAUGGCUUAAAGAUUGAAGCUUAUCCUUGUAAUUCUAAUUUAGGGUUUAAUUUCACAACUGUUCUUUUUAAUCCAUUAAAGGACUUUAACAGUUUCAAAUAAGCAAAUUAUAAAAUAUGAAUCAUUAGCACUUUGAAAACAGUUUUAUUUUUAUUUACAUAUUGUUCGUGGUGAUGAAGGCAGGAGGGAAAGCUAUUUCAGUAAUAUAAAAAUUUCCACUCUGGGCUCCAUCUGCACUUGCCACGUAGCUAGAAAUCCCAUUCAGCUAAUGGAAGUUUUUCGCUAUGUGGAAAAUGCAGUAGUUAGUCCUGUAUGGCAUUUCUUGUUUGGCAGCUAUAUGACAGACACAAAGGUUUAUGGAAAAUGCAGUAUUUGAUGUUUGAUUGUAAAUGACUGUGACAGAACUGUGCAAUGAAACAUGCUUUUCAGCAACUUUUUGUGCAACGUACAAUGUUAGAUAGCACAAUUUAUGUAGAACUACUACGUGAAAAACGUUAACUGUGAAUGUUGGGUUUUUCGUUGUUUUUGUCUGAAGGUGACAAACAUGUUCUUGCAAUAAGGUAUUAUUCUCAGAAUGUCAAGCACAUUAUUGUAGAAAUAAUAUAUAUAUAAUACACAUGUAUUUCAAACUACAUCAUAAAAUCUCAGAGUAUGUUCGGUAGAUUCUAAUCUGUUUCAUACAUAGAUCAAUUGUAAAAUAUUAUGAGAUCUAAGCUACAUCCUAAAUGGCUAUAGCUGAAAUGCAAAAGUCCUGUAAGUCUUUGGGAUUUAGAGGAAAAGCGUACGUCCUACACACACAUCCUACAUGAUACAUACACAUUAUAAUUGUGAAUUUCAUUAGACUAAGGAUAAAAAUUCCAACUUUAUCGUUUAAUGUAAUCAAGUCCCAUGUUGUUCUAAGAAAAAUGCAGUAUUUAAUGUUUGAUUGUAAACAAUUAUGACAGAUGUUUGACAGACCUGCUCUCUAGCAAAAAGCUGUACAAACGUACCACAUAGCACAAAAUAGUGUUGUAGAACUCCUGUGUGUAAACUGUGAAUAGCUGUAUCCUUUUUGUAGUACUUGCCCUGAAGAAAAGAUUAUUGUAUGAUCAUAUAUGCUUUUUGCAAUAAGGAGUUAUCUGAACACCAAGCAAAUCUAUCUCUAUAUAAAAAUAUAUAUGUAAUAUAUACAUAUUCAAAAAUAUAUACAGAGCCUGUUUAAAAGAGUACAGUAUUAUUUAGUAAAUUGCAACCUGUUCUAUGGACCAAAUGUAAAAUAUUUAUAAAUUAAGAUGCAUUUUAAAUGUCUAUAAAUGGUGUCAUAAUUAAAGCACGAUUGUUAUGUAAGUUUCCAAGAGUUUAGAGGAAAAAGAAUAAAGGUUAUAUUAUACAUUAAA